UUCGUCUUGAUGAAAAAUUACACGUAGGUUUUCCAACUGAUAAGAAGUAUUUCUCCAAAGAGGGACCGGUAAUGUAAAUAGUAUUCACGACGUAAAAUUUUUGCUAUGCUGAAAGCUGUUAUCCUUGUGGGAGGACCUCAAAAAGGAACUCGGUUUCGUCCACUUUCUUUGGAUACCCCGAAGCCUUUAUUUCCCGUAGCCGGACGACCUAUUAUUCAGCAUCAUAUAGAGGCAUGUUUGCGUUUGCCGGAGCUGAAAGAAAUCCUAAUUAUUGGAUAUUAUCCUCAACUUCAAAUGGAGAACUUUGUCAGUGAUAUGCAAAGCCUUUACAACAUCAAUAUUAGAUAUUUACAAGAGUUCACUUCACUAGGCACUGCAGGCGGCUUGUACCACUUUCGCGAUCAAAUACGGUCAGGAAAUCCUCGUGCAUUUUUUUUUUUAAAUGGUGAUGUGUGCGCUGAUUUUCCUCUACAAGAUUUAUAUGCAUUUCAUAGGCAGCGAGUCGAUACGGCUUUAGUGACAAUUAUGAGCACAGAGGCGACGCGACAGCAAUCACUGCAUUAUGGAUGUUUGGUAUUUGAUCGUAAUAGCGGUGUCGUAUCGCAUUAUGUAGAAAAGCCUAGUUCAUACGUGUCUACAUUUAUUAAUUGUGGUGUCUACGUGUGUUCCUUGGAUAUAUUUGCCCAUUUAGCCGAUGUGUUUUAUUCGAAAGCCCAAGAAUACUCAUGCCCUAGUCUGAGUAAUGGCGGAGGUAACGGUAAAGAUCAAGGACAUAUACAAUGGGAACAAGAGGUUUUGACGCCACUUGCUGGUACGAAUAAACUCUAUGCCAUGCCAGUGCCUAAUUGGUGGUCACAAUUGAAAACGGCUGGUUCAGCUAUUUAUGCCAAUCGACACUAUUUAGAGCUUUACAAGAAUACACACCCGGAGAGGCUAGCCAACUCUGGAGUGAAACACAAUGAACACGAUUCAAAUCUAAUUUGUACCAUUUAUCCGGAUGUUUAUAUACAUCCAAGUGCUACAGUCCACUAUAGUGCAUCACUGGGGCCAAAUGUAUCCAUCGGGCCAGGUGUAACAAUCGGACCAGGCGUUCGUAUUCGAGAGUCAAUAAUACUUGAAAAUGCCACUAUAAAAGAUCAUACCUUAGUGUUGCACUCAAUUGUGGGUAGAGGGUCCACAAUCGGAUUGUGGUCACGAGUAGAGGGUACCCCGUCUGAUCCUGAUCCAAAUAAGCCAUUUGCGAAAAUGGAAAAUCCACCGCUUUUCAACAAGGAGGGGAAACUUAAUCCUUCUAUAACUAUAUUGGGCUGUUUUGUGAAAGUGCCCUCUGAAAAGAUUUUAUUGAACAGCAUCGUCUUACCGCACAAGGAGUUAAAUAGAAAUUUCAAGAAUGAAAUAAUAUUGUAAACUAAUUUUACUGAAAUUCAAGGUUUUAAAGCCAUGCCUGCAUAUUUUAUUGUAAAUGUAUCCAUUAGCAAGUCUGAGCGGUAUUAGUGGAAUUCCUAAUGCCACAAUUUAUCAUUUAAGACUUCUGCACAAACUAGGAGUAUUAAUUUUGUGUUGCGAUUGCUAUUGUAAACAUAAAUUUUUGUACAUUAAUUAAUUCCUUAAAUGGAUGCAAUCUCUAUAUAUUAUAAAUUUGCGAAAGUUUCACACAUAUUCUUUUGAAAUAAAGUUUUCAUAUAUCAAAAUAUA